GGCCCGCACUUCCCGAGCACCGCUCCACCCCGAGAGGGACAGAGGGAGAGAGAGAGAGAAAGAGAGAGCCGAGAAGCCCGAGGGAAGAGGAAGGAUCCCCCGGAGUGCCACCAGCCAGGGCGCAGAGAGAAAGUUGGAGAGAGCGCAGCGCCGUGCGCCGACGCGCAGCCCCGAGCCCCGAACCCGCGCCGACAUGAUGAACAACAGCGGCUACCCCGACGCCUCGGGCCUCCUGGGCGACGAGGCGGACGAGAUGCCGUCCACCGAGAAGGACCUGGCCGAGGACGCGCCGUGGAAGAAGAUCCAGCAGAACACGUUCACGCGCUGGUGCAACGAGCAUCUCAAGUGCGUGGGCAAGCGCCUCACGGACCUGCAGCGCGACCUCAGCGACGGGCUGCGGCUCAUCGCGCUGCUCGAGGUGCUCAGCCAGAAGCGCAUGUACCGCAAGUUCCACCCGCGCCCCAACUUCCGCCAGAUGAAGCUGGAGAACGUGUCGGUGGCCCUGGAGUUCCUGGAGCGCGAGCACAUCAAGCUCGUGUCCAUCGACAGCAAGGCCAUCGUGGAUGGGAACCUGAAGCUGAUCCUGGGCCUGAUCUGGACGCUGAUCCUGCACUACUCCAUCUCCAUGCCCAUGUGGGAGGAUGAGGACGAUGAGGAUGCCCGUCAGCAGACACCCAAGCAGCGUCUGCUCGGCUGGAUCCAGAACAAAGUGCCCCAACUGCCCAUCACCAACUUCAACCGCGACUGGCAGGACGGCAAGGCUCUGGGUGCCCUGGUGGACAACUGUGCCCCUGGUCUCUGCCCUGACUGGGCAGCCUGGGACCCCAACCAGCCCGUGCAGAACGCCCGGGAGGCCAUGCAGCAAGCGGACGACUGGCUCGGGGUGCCCCAGGUGAUCGCCCCUGAGGAGAUCGUGGAUCCCAACGUGGAUGAACAUUCUGUCAUGACCUACCUGUCCCAGUUCCCCAAGGCCAAGCUCAAACCUGGAGCCCCCGUGCGCUCUAAGCAGCUGAACCCCAAGAAAGCCAUCGCUUACGGGCCAGGCAUUGAGCCCCAGGGCAACACGGUGCUGCAGCCUGCCCACUUCACGGUGCAGACAGUCGAUGCCGGCGUGGGCGAAGUGUUGGUCUACAUCGAGGACCCUGAGGGCCACACUGAGGAGGCCAAAGUGGUUCCCAACAAUGACAAGGAUCGCACGUAUGCCGUCUCCUAUGUGCCCAAGGUUGCUGGAUUACACAAGGUGACUGUGCUGUUUGCUGGCCAAAACAUCGAGCGUAGCCCCUUUGAGGUGAAUGUGGGCAUGGCCCUGGGCGAUGCCAACAAAGUGUCAGCUCGUGGCCCCGGCCUGGAACCUGUGGGUAACGUGGCCAACAAACCCACCUAUUUUGACAUCUACACUGCCGGGGCCGGCACUGGUGAUGUCGCCGUGGUGAUCGUAGACCCGCAGGGCCGACAGGAUACAGUGGAGGUGGCCCUGGAGGACAAGGGUGACAGCACGUUCCGCUGUACAUACAGGCCUGUGAUGGAGGGGCCACACACAGUGCAUGUGGCCUUCGCUGGUGCUCCCAUUACCCGCAGCCCUUUCCCGGUCCACGUGGCGGAAGCUUGUAACCCCAAUGCCUGCCGUGCCACCGGCCGAGGCCUGCAGCCCAAAGGUGUACGUGUGAAGGAGGUGGCUGACUUCAAGGUCUUCACCAAAGGAGCCGGCAGUGGAGAGCUCAAGGUCACAGUCAAGGGGCCAAAGGGCACGGAGGAGCCUGUGAAAGUGCGCGAGGCUGGGGAUGGUGUGUUCGAGUGUGAAUACUACCCUGUGAUACCUGGCAAGUAUGUGGUGACCAUCACAUGGGGCGGCUACGCCAUUCCCCGCAGUCCCUUUGAGGUCCAGGUGAGCCCAGAGGCCGGGGCCCAGAAGGUACGGGCCUGGGGUCCUGGUUUGGAGACCGGCCAGGUGGGCAAGUCAGCUGACUUCGUGGUGGAGGCCAUUGGCACAGAAGUGGGGACGCUGGGCUUCUCCAUCGAGGGGCCCUCACAAGCCAAGAUCGAAUGCGAUGACAAGGGUGACGGCUCCUGUGACGUGCGGUACUGGCCCACGGAGCCUGGAGAAUACGCUGUGCACGUCAUCUGUGAUGAUGAGGACAUCCGUGACUCGCCUUUCAUUGCCCACAUCCAGCCAGCCCCUCCAGACUGCUUCCCGGACAAGGUCAAGGCCUUUGGGCCCGGCCUAGAGCCUACUGGCUGCAUUGUGGAUAAACCUGCCGAAUUCACCAUCGAUGCCCGUGCUGCCGGCAAGGGAGACCUGAAACUCUACGCCCAGGAUGCAGACGGCUGCCCCAUCGACAUCAAGGUGAUCCCCAACGGCGAUGGCACCUUCCGCUGUUCCUAUGUGCCCACCAAGCCCAUUAAGCAUACCAUCAUCGUCUCGUGGGGAGGCGUCAAUGUGCCCAAGAGCCCCUUCAGGGUGAAUGUGGGAGAGGGCAGUCACCCUGAGCGAGUAAAGGUGUAUGGCCCCGGUGUGGAGAAGACAGGCCUCAAAGCCAACGAGCCGACCUAUUUCACAGUGGACUGCAGUGAGGCCGGGCAAGGUGACGUGAGCAUUGGCAUCAAGUGUGCCCCCGGCGUAGUGGGGCCUGCGGAGGCUGACAUUGACUUUGACAUCAUCAAAAACGACAAUGACACCUUCACAGUCAAGUACACGCCCCCCGGGGCCGGCCACUACACCAUCAUGGUGCUGUUUGCCAACCAGGAGAUACCCGCCAGUCCCUUCCACAUCAAGGUGGACCCAUCCCACGAUGCCAGCAAGGUCAAGGCUGAGGGCCCUGGGUUAAAUCGCACAGGUGUGGAAGUCGGGAAGCCCACUCAUUUCACCGUGCUGACCAAGGGAGCUGGCAAGGCCAAGCUGGACGUGCACUUCGCUGGGGCAGCCAAGGGCGAGGCUGUGCGGGACUUCGAGAUCAUAGACAACCACGACUACUCUUACACCGUCAAGUACACCGCAGUCCAGCAGGGCAACAUGGCAGUGACAGUGACCUAUGGUGGGGACCCUGUUCCCAAAAGCCCCUUUGUGGUGAAUGUGGCGCCCCCACUGGACCUCAGCAAAGUCAAGGUUCAAGGCCUCAACAGCAAAGUGGCUGUGGGGCAGGAGCAGGCAUUCUCGGUGAACACACGGGGGGCUGGUGGUCAGGGCCAGCUGGACGUACGGAUGACCUCACCCUCGCGACGACCUAUCCCCUGCAAGCUGGAGCCUGGAGGUGGAGCUGAAGCCCAGGCCGUGCGCUACAUGCCCCCGGAGGAGGGACCCUACAAGGUGGACAUCACCUAUGAUGGCCAUCCAGUGCCCGGCAGCCCCUUUGCUGUAGAAGGCGUCCUGCCCCCUGACCCCUCCAAGGUCUGCGCUUACGGCCCUGGUCUCAAGGGUGGGCUGGUAGGCACCCCUGCUCCGUUCUCCAUCGACACGAAGGGGGCCGGCACUGGGGGCCUAGGGCUGACCGUAGAGGGUCCCUGUGAGGCCAAGAUUGAGUGCCAGGACAACGGUGAUGGAUCCUGUGCUGUGAGCUACCUGCCCACUGAGCCAGGCGAGUACACCAUCAACAUCCUCUUUGCUGAAGCCCACAUCCCAGGCUCACCAUUUAAGGCCACCAUCCAGCCUGUAUUCGACCCAAGCAAGGUGAGGGCCAGUGGGCCGGGCCUGGAGCGUGGCAAGGCUGGCGAAGCGGCCACCUUCACUGUGGACUGCUCGGAAGCGGGAGAGGCCGAGCUGACCAUUGAGAUCCUGUCGGACGCCGGGGUCAAGGCCGAGGUGCUGAUCCACAACAACGCGGACGGCACCUACCACAUCACCUACAGCCCCGCCUUCCCCGGAAUCUACACCAUCACCAUCAAAUAUGGAGGCCACCCUAUACCCAAGUUCCCCACCCGUGUCCACGUGCAGCCUGCAGUGGAUACCAGCGGCGUCAAGGUCUCGGGGCCUGGUGUAGAGCCUCAUGGUGUCCUGCGGGAGGUGACCACUGAAUUCACUGUCGAUGCAAGGUCCCUAACGGCCACAGGUGGCAACCAUGUGACAGCUCGUGUGCUCAACCCUUCGGGCGCUAAGACGGACACGUAUGUGACAGACAUUGGGGAUGGUACCUACCGGGUACAGUACACAGCCUAUGAAGAGGGCAUGCAUUUGGUGGAGGUGAUGUACGGCGAGGUGGCCGUGCCCAAGAGUCCCUUCAGAGUGGGCGUGACUGAAGGCUGUGACCCCACCCGCGUUCGGGCCUUUGGACCGGGCCUGGAGGGUGGUUUAGUCAACAAGGCCAACCGCUUCACUGUGGAAACCAGGGGCGCUGGUACGGGAGGCCUAGGCCUAGCCAUUGAGGGCCCCUCAGAAGCCAAGAUGUCCUGUAAGGACAACAAGGACGGUAGCUGCACCGUGGAAUAUGUCCCGUUCACCGCCGGAGACUAUGAUGUCAACAUCACCUUCGGGGGGCGCCCCAUCCCAGGAAGUCCAUUCCGGGUGCCAGUGAAGGAUGUGGUGGACCCUGGAAAGGUGAAGUGCUCAGGCCCAGGGUUAGGGGCCGGCGUCAGGGCCCGAGUACCCCAGACCUUCACAGUGGACUGCAGCCAAGCUGGCCGGGCCCCUCUGCAGGUGGCUGUGCUGGGCCCGACAGGUGUGGCUGAGCCUGUGGAAGUGCGUGACAAUGGGGACGGCACCCACACUGUCCAUUACACUCCUGCCACCGAUGGCCCUUACACUGUAGCUGUCAAGUAUGCUGACCAGGAGGUGCCACGCAGCCCUUUCAAGAUCAAGGUGCUUCCGGCCCACGAUGCCAGCAAGGUGCGGGCCAGUGGGCCUGGCCUCAACGCUUCCGGCAUCCCCGCCAGCCUGCCAGUGGAGUUCACCAUCGAUGCCCGAGAUGCCGGGGAGGGGCUGCUCACCGUCCAGAUCCUGGACCCCGAGGGCAAGCCCAAGAAGGCUAACAUCCGAGACAAUGGGGACGGCACCUACACCGUGUCCUAUCUGCCGGACAUGAGCGGCCGGUAUACCAUCACCAUCAAGUAUGGGGGCGACGAGAUCCCCUACUCCCCCUUCCGCAUCCACGCCCUGCCCACGGGGGAUGCCAGCAAGUGUCUUGUCACAGUGUCUAUCGGAGGCCAUGGCUUAGGUGCCUGCCUGGGCCCUCGGAUUCAGAUUGGAGAGGAGACCGUGAUCACAGUGGAUGCCAAGGCAGCAGGAAAGGGGAAGGUGACCUGUACGGUGUCCACGCCAGAUGGGGCAGAGCUCGACGUGGACGUGGUUGAGAACCACGACGGUACCUUUGACAUCUAUUACACAGCGCCCGAGCCGGGCAAGUACGUCAUCACCAUCCGCUUUGGGGGCGAGCACAUCCCCAACAGCCCCUUCCACGUGCUGGCAUGUGACCCCCUGCCCCGUGUGGAGGAGCCUGCCGAAGUGACCCCGCUGCACCAGCCCUACACCCCUACCCGGCCUGGUGCCCGCCCCGCCCACUGGGCUACAGAGGAGCCCGUGGUCCCGGCGGAGCCGCUGGAGUCCAUGCUGAGACCCUUCAACUUGGUCAUCCCCUUCACUGUGCAGACAGGAGAACUCACAGGGGAAGUGCGGAUGCCUUCUGGGAAGACUGCUCGGCCCAAUAUUACCGACAACAAGGACGGCACCAUCACAGUGCGGUACGCGCCCACUGAGAAGGGCCUGCACCACAUGGGGAUCAAGUACGACGGCAACCACAUCCCUGGGAGCCCCCUGCAGUUCUACGUGGAUGCCAUCAACAGCCGCCACGUUAGUGCCUAUGGGCCGGGCCUGAGCCACGGCAUGGUCAACAAACCCGCCACCUUUACCAUUGUCACCAAGGAUGCUGGGGAAGGAGGGCUGUCACUGGCUGUGGAGGGCCCGUCCAAGGCAGAGAUCACCUGCAAGGACAACAAGGAUGGCACCUGCACGGUGUCCUACCUGCCCACGGCACCAGGAGACUACAGCAUCAUUGUACGCUUCGAUGACAAGCACAUCCCAGGGAGCCCCUUCACAGCCAAGAUCACAGGUGAUGACUCGAUGAGGACGUCUCAGCUAAAUGUGGGUACUUCCACGGACGUGUCACUGAAGAUCACCGAGAGUGACCUCAGCCAGCUGACUGCCAGCAUCCGCGCCCCCUCGGGCAACGAGGAACCAUGCCUGCUGAAACGCCUACCCAACCGGCACAUCGGGAUCUCCUUCACCCCCAAGGAAGUGGGGGAGCACGUUGUGAGUGUACGCAAGAGCGGCAAGCACGUCACCAACAGUCCCUUCAAAAUUUUGGUGGGGCCAUCGGAGAUCGGGGAUGCCAGCAAGGUUCGGGUCUGGGGCAAAGGCCUUUCAGAGGGGCACACCUUCCAGGUGGCAGAAUUCAUCGUGGACACUCGGAAUGCAGGUUACGGUGGCCUGGGGCUAAGUAUUGAAGGCCCCAGCAAGGUAGAUAUCAACUGCGAAGACAUGGAGGAUGGCACAUGCAAAGUCACCUACUGCCCCACUGAGCCUGGCACCUACAUCAUCAACAUCAAGUUUGCUGACAAACACGUGCCUGGGAGUCCCUUCACCGUGAAGGUGACAGGUGAAGGCCGCAUGAAGGAAAGCAUCACCCGGCGCAGACAAGCACCUUCCAUCGCCACCAUUGGCAGCACCUGCGACCUCAACCUCAAGAUCCCAGGGAACUGGUUCCAGAUGGUGUCGGCCCAGGAGCGCCUGACGCGCACCUUCACGCGCAGCAGCCACACGUACACGCGCACAGAGCGCACGGAGAUCAGCAAGACUCGGGGCGGGGAGACCAAGCGGGAGGUACGGGUGGAGGAGUCCACCCAGGUCGGCGGAGACCCCUUCCCUGCUGUUUUCGGGGACUUCCUGGGCCGGGAACGCCUGGGCUCCUUUGGCAGCAUCACCCGGCAGCAAGAGGGGGAGGCCAGCUCUCAGGACAUGACUGCGCAGGUGACCAGCCCAUCAGGCAAGAUAGAAGCCGCAGAGAUUGUCGAGGGAGAGGACAGCGCCUACAGCGUGCGCUUUGUGCCCCAGGAGAUGGGGCCCCACACUGUCACCGUCAAGUACCGUGGGCAGCACGUGCCUGGCAGCCCCUUUCAGUUCACUGUGGGGCCGCUGGGUGAAGGUGGUGCUCACAAGGUGCGAGCUGGAGGCACAGGGCUGGAGCGAGGUGUGGCUGGGGUGCCAGCUGAGUUUAGCAUCUGGACCCGAGAAGCCGGUGCUGGGGGUCUGUCCAUCGCUGUGGAGGGUCCCAGCAAGGCGGAGAUCGCAUUUGAGGACCGCAAAGAUGGCUCCUGUGGUGUCUCCUAUGUUGUUCAGGAGCCAGGUGACUAUGAGGUCUCCAUCAAGUUCAACGAUGAGCACAUCCCAGACAGCCCCUUCGUGGUACCCGUGGCCUCCCUCUCAGAUGAUGCCCGCCGUCUCACUGUCACCAGCCUGCAGGAGACUGGGCUCAAAGUGAACCAGCCAGCAUCCUUUGCGGUGCAGUUGAAUGGGGCACGGGGCGUAAUCGAUGCUAGGGUGCACACGCCUUCAGGAGCUGUGGAAGAGUGCUAUGUCUCUGAGCUGGACAAUGAUAAACAUACCAUCCGCUUCAUCCCCCAUGAGAAUGGCGUCCACUCCAUUGAUGUCAAGUUCAACGGCGCCCACAUCCCUGGAAGUCCCUUCAAGAUCCGCGUUGGGGAACAGAGCCAGGCUGGGGACCCAGGCUUGGUGUCAGCCUAUGGUCCUGGACUGGAGGGAGGCACCACUGGUGUGUCGUCAGAGUUCAUUGUCAACACCCAGAAUGCAGGCUCCGGAGCCUUGUCUGUCACCAUUGACGGCCCCUCCAAGGUGCAGCUGGAUUGCAGGGAGUGUCCCGAGGGCCACGUGGUCACUUACACUCCCAUGGCCCCUGGCAACUACCUCAUUGCCAUCAAGUAUGGUGGCCCCCAGCACAUUGUGGGAAGUCCUUUCAAAGCCAAGGUCACAGGUCCCCGGCUGUCUGGAGGCCAUAGCCUUCAUGAAACGUCUACAGUUCUGGUGGAGACUGUGACCAAGUCCUCCUCGAGCCGUGGCUCCAGUUACAGUUCCAUCCCCAAGUUCUCUUCCGAUGCCAGCAAGGUGACGACACGAGGCCCUGGGCUGUCCCAGGCCUUUGUGGGUCAGAAGAAUUCCUUCACUGUGGACUGCAGCAAAGCAGGUACCAACAUGAUGAUGGUGGGUGUGCACGGGCCCAAGACCCCCUGUGAAGAGGUGUAUGUGAAACACAUGGGAAACCGGGUAUACAAUGUCACCUACACUGUCAAGGAGAAAGGAGAUUACAUCCUCAUUGUCAAGUGGGGUGAUGAAAGUGUCCCCGGAAGUCCCUUCAAGGUCAAUGUGCCCUGAACCCAGAAAUGUCUCCCCACAACCUAGGCCCCCCCCCACCUGCCAAACACACACACUCACACCCUCAUCUACACAAAUGUGCCACACCCAGAUGCACACUUGCAGAAUCACACUACAAAUGCAUAUCUGGGGUGUGUUGUGAGUGGCACAGCCCCUCUUCCCUCUGUGCCCCUAUGGGGGGGGUGGUGGAAGGCCUUCUCUGUCUCAGGACAGUGUCCCUCCCUCGGAUGUGGCACAAGGGCAGACUGGGGUUGGGUUCAGGGGCAGAGACUGUGACAUACGGGGAUAGACGAGGGAUUCGGGGCCUAGGGGAGCCCUCUGAGUAUUGGAGUGGGGAGUGUCAUGUUGGAGACAUGUGUGAGAGAGAGGUCACCCACACAAGCCGCCCCACGCGAGGACUGCAUCCGGUGGCCACCAUCGAAGAGUGUCAAGGACUUGGAAAAUAAAGCACAAUCGGAGAAGAAAACAGACCCAGAACAAGCAUCACAUGCCAUGUGGACUGGCCUUGAUUACGUGCACCACCUAAGCCAGGCUUCCUGAGGGACUGCUUCUCUCAUUUUUCUUCUUCUUCUUCUUUUUUUUUUUUUUUUUAAUGAUUGCACAGCUCUGCCCCAUUGGGGCCUUUUUUACACACUGCGAGGCCCAGCUUUCUGGGGGACUUUUGGAAAACUCCAAAUAAAGUGAGGCUGUCGCAGA